GCCAAGGAGGAAAAAAAGUAAAAGAAAUGUCACUUAUGUCACUCACUAUGAGAUUGUCAACAAAAGUGGCUAUUAUUGAAAUUAAAGUUUUUUUUAUAUUACAGAUUUUUAUAACGUCGUUAUAAUGAGAAUUUAAAUAUGAUUUCACUUGUGGCUAAAGUCAUCAAUGUAUUUGCAACAAGUCUUCAAACUAUUCUGCAAUUAGCAUCCUUUACAGGAAAAUUAAUAGUAGCAGCAGGAUCAUGUGUGUCCUCGUUAAUAAUAAGCACUACAAAAAGCUUAAUUUUAUUUUUUCAAAUAGUCUACGAAGACAACUUACCUGUAUUUACCGAAGAAAUACCGGCAUCUGCUAAUGGGAUAGUUGACACAUUUGUCAAUCAAUUGAAGCACGUUCAGGAUGGAGUUGUUGACAUCUACAACGAAGCAUUUGCAAAAUUUUGUGUACUAAUGACUACAACGAAUUGGUUAUUAAGAGCAGUAGUGAAAGUGCUUGUUGAAGUGAUGACUUUAUUGAAGAGUUCUGUGAUACUUGUGGGGGACACAGUGUGGUUCCUGGUAACAUUUGUGCCCAUUCAUCUUCCGCCACUGUUGAGAGCAGUGUUCAUGUAUGUCGGCCAUAUCAUAGGGAAUGUAAUUGUAGAUGCCUACAUGGCAUUAUUGAAAUUUACAAAUUAUUUAACAGAAGUGCCUUUACAAUCUUUUAUGGGAAUCACAUGUGCUAUCAUUAUUGUGCGUUUAAUUGUGCAUUUUAGGGAAACAAUAAUUGUUCAAAUGACUAUGUUGUAUUGGUCAUUAAUAAGAAAUGUAUUAUACUUAUACUAUAUGCUAAUUAACUAUUUCACAAACUCCGAAGUGGGUAUAAUCACACAAAUGGCUGGUACGCAAGGCUUAGACUCGAGAGAAGGUAGCUUUAGUUCCUCACCAGCAGAUGAUGCAGCCAGUUCUGCAGACUCUCUUUGUGUAAUUUGCCAAGAACGACAGAAAUGUGUUCUCACACUGCCUUGUCGCCAUGUCUGUCUAUGCACAGACUGUUGUAGACGUUUGUAUGGCUAUCAACGUACAUGCCCUAUUUGCAGGACAUUUAUUUAUCACACAGUGACAGUGUAUUUGUGAAAUUCAAACAUGGCUUAUGUUAUGUCUGGACAUGCUACAUUUUUGUACAAUUUGUUUCUGCAAUGUUGGCAAAGAAUUCUGAAUAUUUUUCAAAUACUGGUGUCCAAGCAAUCUAUGGUUAAGCCAUGUGUUGCAAUAUAUCUGCUUGUAAUGCUGCCAGCUACUGUUGCAUCCAUUUAUUACACAAAAAUGUAGCCCAUUUAAACACUCAAUAACAUUCCUUAUACAGGUCAAAGUAUUUAUUUUGUGGCAUUUUAUUAUUAGGUAUGUUGAAUCUCAUUGACAGAUAUAGUCUUUGUGAAAGUAAAUGUAAGUAAUUGAUAGUGUACAUGCUCUGUAGAGUAUUUUGUUAUUGGAUUAUAUGCUGAAUACCUAAAGUUUAACAAUAAAAUAAAAAAAUACCAUAAUGGGAAUCAUA